AUGCUAAUCAUUAAACGUUUCCAACACAAUUCCUCCUCUUCGGGAUACCCCAUGAGACGCUUUUUUGAAAAUGAGACUAGUGAAUUAAAGGCAUGGUGGGAUUCUCCUAGAUUUGCUAAUGUCAAAAGACCAUACCAACCAAUAGAUGUGAUUAAGCAUCGUGGAUCCAUGCCUUUAUCAGCAACGCACUACCCGUCGUCGUAUCAAGCAGGGAAACUAUUCAAACUACUUCAAGAAAAUUUCCAAAAUAAGACACCAUUGCAUACAUUAGGGGUGAUAGACCCAGUUCAAAUGACACAAUUAUCGCGUUGUGAGCAAUUGAAAGUUGUCUAUUUAUCUGGAUGGGCCUGCUCUUCAACUUUAGUGACUCCCUCUAAUGAAGUCUCCCCUGACUUUGGCGAUUAUCCGUACACUACUGUCCCUAACCAAGUAGAGAGAAUAUUCAAAGCUCAACAAUUACAUGAUAGAAAAGCUUUUCUAGAAUCUUUCGAAAGCAAAACUGAUAAAAUGGUUGACUAUUUGAAACCAAUCAUUGCCGAUGGUGAUAUGGGUGGAAGCCCCAAUAUGUGUAUGAAAUUGGCUAAGUUAUUUGCUGAAAAGGGAGCUGCUGCUAUACAUUUAGAAGAUCAAUUACUGGGCGGCAAAAGAUGUGGACAUUUAGGUGGUGCAGUCAUUGUCCCCACUGGCGACCAACUGAGUAGAUUGGUUGCAACUAGAUUUCAAUGGGAUAUUAUGGGAACUGAAAAUUUAAUUAUUGCUAGAACAGAUUCUUGUAAUGCUAAAUUAUUAAGCAGUUCCAGUGAUCCAAGGGAUCAUGAGUUCAUUAAGGGUGUGAUUGACCCCAACUUAACAGCAUGGAGCGAAGAACUUAUUGAUAUGGAAACUACAAAUACUGAGAGAUCCAUUAUACAGGAACGUGAAUUGAAAUGGUAUAAUAAUAAUCAAUUAAUGACGUUUGAUGAAGCUGUCGAGAUGAAGUUUAAUAAUGAAGAGUAUAAACAAUAUCUGACGACGAAGAAGCACAUGAUGGAUAAAGAAUUAAAAAGACCUUAUUUAAGCUUGAGUGAAUUGAAGAUGAUUGCCAAAAGGGUUUCACCUUCGAAGGAAAUUUACUUUAAUUGGGAUAUUCCAAGAACAAAAGAAGGUUAUUUCAUGUUCAAAGGUUGUAUGGAAGCAGCUACUAGAAGAUCCCUGGUAUUUGCACCAUAUUCUGAUAUGACUUGGUUGGAGACGAAAACACCUGAUCUGGUCCAAGCUAAGGAUUUUGCUAGAAAUAUCCAUGAUGUUUACCCUUGGGUGAAGUUAGUCUACAAUUUAUCUCCAAGUUUUAAUUGGACUCAAAAUGGGUUCUCUGAAACAGAACUAAAGUCAUUCAUAUGGGAUCUUGCCAAGGAAGGAUUUAUUCUACAAUUAGUGUCACUUGCCGGUCUACACGUCAAUGCACUGUCUUUCUGGGAACUUGCACAGGGAUUCCAGUCUGGUGGGAUGGAUGCUUAUGUCAAACAAAUUCAACAAAGAGAAAAGGAAACUGAUUGUGAUGUACUUACUCACCAAAAAUGGUCUGGAGCUGAAUAUAUUGACUCUGUACUUCAAGUAAUCCAAAAUGGUUCUUCCUCUCACACCUCUACUACGUCUGGGGAAAGCUAUACAGAAAGUCAGUUUUGA